AUGGAAAAAAUGGAUUUAAACGAGGCUGAAGAUGGAGAUAUCGGCUGUUACUUUCUUCAACCCUCCGCUACUCCAUACAACAUUAUCGAAAAACUACAACAAGCUAAUUUUGAACUUUUCAACUCUACACCUCAGGCUAUAAAGUCUAGCAAGGUAAAAUUCAGAGAUGAGCUUGUUUCAUUUGAACCGGAAUUGACUGAUGACGAUGUUAACAGCAUUGAAAGUGAUCAUGUUGUUGAUGAAUUACCUCAGCAGAUUGUAGCUAAAAAUGAUGAAGUAUUGUAUAAUACUGUAGUACAAGAAAAUGUUGAUAUUUAUGAUACUAUUGAAGAGGAAAUUGAAGAAACUGUUUUUGAUGAAUUAGUGCUUUCUGAUAUUGAAGUGGAUAAGAACAAUUCUAAUGAAGAAAUCCUCAUGGAGAAAAAAAUAUCACCAAUAAUAAUUAACGAAGACAAAUCAAAAACAAAGCAUAGUAAAAGAAAGAAUAAAUCAACAUUAAAGAAACAAGAUAUUCAUUGCAAGGAACAUUGCAUCGAAAGGCUGGACACUCAUUUAUCUAUGUCCAUUAAAAAGUUGGAAAUACAUGAAAAAACACCAGUGAAUCUUCCUCCACUCCAAUUGCACCAACGCAAAUGCUGUGACAAUCUUAAACAAUCAAACACCGACAGAAAUCUACCAAAUUACAAAGGUUACAGGUCCGAAUACGGAUUGAGCUCUAGGCAAAUCAAAAACCGCGACAGGUACAUGGAAAUGCUACGCCAAAAAGAAUUAUCCAGGCAAAAACUAAUCGAAGAUUAUAGGGCGUUGCGGGUGCAACAAAACGAAGAAGUUUUCUGUCAGUGGUUGAAAAAGGUAUCGAAAAGGGGUAAAGAUGAGCAACAAAUCAACUUUUUGAGUCCGAAUGUCGAUAAAGCGAAAGAGAGGCCUAAAACUGCAGGAUUUACGCCUAAGACUACGAUCAAGAAGAAAAAGCGACCUCAUACUAGUCAAUCUUGCGUUUACAUUGAAGUGUCGCCUAGUGUUUUGAAAAAAGGGAUUAAUAUUGGGGAUUUACUUAUUACGAAUUCUAAGGCUCUUACUAAAAAGUUACAUAUUUUAACGGUUUGA